AGUUUUUGGGGGCCAGCGCGGCCCACCGUCCCACCGGGUCACCGUCGAUUCUCCCAUGGCGCACUGGGCGCCCCGCGGUUUGCUGGGCGCCGCCGUGUUGCUGCGGACGCUGGCGGCGUCGCAGUUUCUGCCGCCGGGGACGACGGAUGUUCCAAUCCAGAGGCCAGGGGACUGCAACCAAGUGGGCCCGGCCACCUACGUCUAUCGCAUGUCGAAGGUGGAACCCAACGACUAUUUCCCGAAGAUUUGUUCCAAGAUGGGUGGGGCCUCAGUCCGCUUCAACAAUCCUUGCGCAUGGGCGCACGGCCAGGCCCAGAUGACCGCCGCGCACUUUACGAACAUGUGCAAGGGUGCUACAAGGAUGAUACAUUGGCACACGCAAGCGGACGAGUGGGGCUUUGUGAGCAAGGGCCGCUUGAUGACUUUUGUGGCCAGUCCUGAUGGCUUGCCAUGGCCAAGCUCCACCAAUGUCCUGUCUCCUCGUGGUGUGUGGUACUUUCCCUCCAAUUGGCUCCAUGGCUUGCUUUGUUUGACGCCGGAGGAGGAGGGCGGAUGUGAGUUCACCAUCAUUUUUGCCUCACCGCAAGCAGCUGAACCCAAUGGCCACAACCUGGACACCACCUUUGCACAGGCGGACGACGACGUGGCGGCCCAAGCCCUGGAUUUGUCACUGGCGACCUAUGAGGCGUCAAGGCCCGCCUUCGGCAGAGCAAAGCAUUCAAUCCACUAUAGCAAUCGCAACAUGACAGCUCCGAUUGUCACUGCUGUGCUGGGUGGCGAGUGCGAUCCAGAAUGCCCUCCAAUUCAAGAGACGGUGGGGGCCCCUGCGGCGGUUCAAUCCUUCGUGGAGCAGAAGGUGCUUUUGCCCCACACGGAGGGUGUGACCUUGUAUCGCAUCAAGACGGACCAGUUCCCCUUCUCCCGCACGAUGUCCCAGGAGCGCACCGAGCUGGCGCCUGGCGCCGUACGGCCGCUGGUGUGGACCACAGCAGACUCCAUUUUGAUGGUGGUGUCUGGCACAGUGACGGUAUCAUUGGAGGGUGGUAUCUUGGGCAAUGAGAGCCACCUGGAGUUCGCCCACGAGACUCUGGAGAAAGGUGACGUCGCCUACUUCCCCAACGGCCGGGCCUACUGGUUCCGUGAGGCAACGGGGAAGCACCCUGCAGAGACCAUCAAUGUCUUCAACGUGGGCAUUUGGAAGAGCAUCGAGCUGCGGCAAGCCGUUUCCGAGAUGCCACGGCUCGUCGUGAUGUCCAACCUCCAUCAAGCGGAGUUCGCGCGUCCCAAGAUGUUUUGAAGUUCGCGCGUCCCAAUUGGAUGCGACUCGAUGGUCCCGUCCAGGCGACUCACGAAAAGGUGAAAGACAGAAUAAAGAUUCAAAGAGCCAGAAACAAUGGAUGUGGUGAAGAAGACGAUAUCAUUUGUUGUAAGGAAAGAACCCUGUGAGCCACCAAGUGAGUUGCAAUCUGGACUCCUUCAGCAAAUCCGAGAUUGACCUGAGCGGUCAGCUUGGGAUUUAUGGACAGUCACAAGUGUAGGCAGAGUAGGUGAGGAUUUAUUGUUUGUAGCGUAUUUCAUUCUUGUACAGUCCUGGGCUCUAAAUCCGAAGGAUGCUUUCAUGUUCUUCUCGUUGUGUGGAUCCCUAUUUUGGACCCACACACGUAGAGUCCUGGUCUUGAGAUCUAUCUCAAACCCAGUACAGGUUGAAGUGCGGAAAA